UAUCAAUCUGUUUUUAGCACGUUACAAUGUAGCAACUUCCUGCUCGGUGAUAAGAUAACCUUCUUAACCUGAGGCAACCUCGCUCGACUACAAGCUAUUACACUGAUUGGAAUUAGUGCAUUCCACUGGCUAGUCUGCAGUAAAUUGAACAUUACUGGCUGCCCUCAACAAUGCCAAAACAACAAGAUGCGAGCGCAAACAUAAAAAUCGGUUUAUGAAAGCUUGUGACAAAGAUAUAAGGUAUUGAGCAACGAUAAGAACGCACAACACAAACAAGUCAUAUUAUUUGCGUUGACGAGCUCUUUCAACAAAUUUUUCCUAACUCAGGCCAAAAGUAGUUGCGUGAAAUAGUAACAAAGGUGGAAAGUGUACCCAUUUUAAAACUUAAAUUGGACUUUGCCAGGGAUUGUAACAUAGCUUGAAAAUAACGCUACAAAAUAUGCUCAACCAAGGUUAUCAAAUUUUAGCUGAGCUAACCCUCCUAAAACUGAAAAACAUCUCUGGAGUUAUUGUUAGCCCAUGUGAAAAUGAUCCACUUAAAUGGCUCGGGAUUAUUUCUGUUCGAAGUGGUUACUAUUUUGGAGGAGUUUUCGAUUUCGUCUUAUCUCUGCCAGAUGAUUUUCCAUCAACAAAACUGCCGAAGCUCUAUUUAUGUAAAGAAUUUUAUCAUCCUCAUGUAGACUGGAUUACCGGAGAGGUGAGCGUGCACACGGAAUUCCCGAUAUGGAAUCCAGACAAGCACCAUAUUUGGCAUAUUCUCCAUCAUUUUAAACGGUUGUUGACUAGUCCAACAAGUAUUAUUGUUUCAUCACUUGCAGAACAAACUGCUUGUAUCAAAAACAUGAGAGAUGUGAAGUAUGCUAAUCCAGAAGCAGCUAACGCACUGAUUCACCAUCCGGAAGAAUUUGAUACUCGGGCUAAAGGAUGUGUCACUAAACUCUCUGUAUGGACACAGCCAUCACAGGAUAUCCCUUCAUUAAAUCUUUCUGGAUGGAUGAAUGACAGUAUACUAAGUGAUGCACGAGAUUUACUGCAGAGAUUCAAAGAUUCCAAUGAUGAUGAGGAAAAAUUUGUAAGUCAAGGGUUUUCUUGGAUCGAUCCGAAAAGUAUGUCGAUAUUUUCUAGUGAAACACCUGUUAAACCGAAUUCUUCGACAUAUACAUAGAAGUUUACUAUUUCUUAUGAUACUCAGAUUCUUUUUUCAUUUUUGUAGACAGUUUUGUAUAUAAUGAACGAUGUAGAUUAAACUAUCAAACGUUUUCUCCCUCUACCAACGCUAUAAUUACGAUAUACAGCAUUUGGAUGCCAAUCUUACCAUUGCUAUCGAUAUUAUUUUCUACUUCUGUUUAUUGUAAUGCCUUAUUCCUUUUAAUUACUAUAUUGCUGUUUUUUUCUAACAUUAUAGCUACAUAUAUUAAAUUAUCGUUUGGGCGUUUGACUUUUAAUCGUAGGGCUAUAAGUUCAAGGUUCUUCUUCCUAUCAUACUCUUUUACAGACUAUUGGUUAAAAUGUUUCCAAUUUCAUUAUGUCGUUUUUCUGACUAUAGAAAACAUUUGUCAAGUUGGUUUUGGUCUCAUACACUAUUGUCGAAACAAAUGACUAGCGUAAAUAUUUAAGAUACUGAAAAAGCAAUAACAACUAAACUACUAACUUUUAGACUAUCUUUCCCGGUCAUUCAUUUACAUUAUAUGGUAGCAGAUAUAAAUUAGCUGUAAAUUUUUCAUCUUUUUACUAUCGUGCGUAGAAUAGAUUGGAUUGUUUCUCUUUACUGAAUAUCAUGGCUUAUAUAUGUUGACUUGUAGUGAACAUACUUACACCUGUUACCCCUCGCGGAGGAGCUUAGUCCGCUGACCAGAAUAAUUGUUUCAUUCUGGUUAGCGCUCUUUAUGAAGGCUGUUUUCUACGGGGUUGAGCUGCUGAACCCUCGUCUAUCCCGGCUUGGGACCGGCAGUAACUACAGUCGUAGUUAUAGUAUUUAUAUACCCUUGUAUAAUUGUGAACAAUAGUAUUUUAGUCCUUCUAUUGGAGAUUAGUAUAAAAUUACUCAAUAUUACUGUUUCCCAACUAGAGAUUCAUAAUUGGUUGGAAAAACGUUUAUACUUUGAUUGGUCGCUAUAGUUGAAUUCUGUCUUUUUUUAACAAAAACGACUUUGAUUUCUACACCCAUACUCGUAAACAAUGUCAAGCAAACAUUGUGAUUGGUAACUAUCCGUUUCUCAACAUCCAGUGUUUGUUAUUCGUUAAGUUGGUAAGCGCCGCGAGUAACAGUUAACUUCGAACUUUUGCAGUAUUUGUGUUGGAAUGCUCUAAAAGCAGACAGAUAUGGAUAAUUUCAGAUGCCUGAAAUAAUAUCUCCGAUAGAAAUCACGAUGUAGUGAUUUGUGUUCAAAUGGUCGAUGUUCGAGAACAAUUUCCCCAAACUUUGAAAGAACAAGUAUCUUACGUUUCGCUACGGUUUUCUCAGAAUUCAAACUACAUCACUUUGGAUUUAACAUCGAUUUUAGAGUGAAAUUCUACAUUGGUGAGAUUAACUAGGAAUCACUCAACCAGUUAUUAAUGGUCACAUUUUCUGUAAUUUCCCCUGAUAAAUUUUAUUCAUUUUAAUCCAUGAUUUGAUUGGUUCACUGACUGUUGCUAACAUGAACUGUCUUAUUACGGUGUCGAUUAGUAUUCAGAUUAGGAUCGCUAGCUCAAUCGAUACAUACAACUAACCAACUAUGAUUAUAAUUAGCUCUUAUGUUUUAAUAACAACCUUUGUUAACAUCCAAAUGCUCCAUUGUUGUAGGUUUGUUGAAAUACUAACCAUUAGCAAGUGUAUCUGGCAGUCAUUUUACCACAUUGUUUGCAGAUUCUGGAAUUGGUUAAUUCACUGAUGUUGUUGGGUUUUCAAUAACUGUUCCAAUUUUUUGUUAGCAUUCCGUUUUAGCGACUGCCAUACUGAUAAUUCUUUUGUUAAUCGGUUGCUUUCGUUUUAUCGCACUGGGAAAGCAAUAUACUCCCUGCUUGUUGGGAAUGUUUAUCAUUGUUAACAAGCAAUUAGUUGUACGAUUCUUAUUUAAUUUUAUCUUAUAGUUUGAAUGUUAACUUUUGGGCAAACGGAGUUUCUCUAUCCCUUUCCUUUAGAUAGAACAUUGUUCCUUGCUUGAUGGGAUAAUUUUUGUGUUUAACAAAUAAUCAGUUUGUAUUCUUUACGAUUUGGUAAUGUUCGUGGUCGAAAUGGUGCACACAAAGAACAACUAAGUGUUUGUUUGUAAUUCCUAGUAGACAGGAUGUUAUUUACCAAUCAGAAAACACUUUGUUUUAUCAGGUGAUACAAAAUCGAUUCUAUGUAAAAGGCACGAAGGCAGAAGUUAUAAAAUUCGUUUGGUUGGAUCUAUUAACAACAUAUUUUUGACGUAUAUGAUGUAAGUGACAUAGGAAGUUUGGGCAUGCUCACAAUCAUUCGCUAGGCAUCUAUUAUUCCCUCGCUAUUAAUCGGUAGUGUUUUGCUUAAGGAUAUGACAAUGUGAGGCAACAAAAUAUUCUUUUACAUGGAAGAUUUGAUUACUUGAUAGAUGCACUGUAAUUCUGUGAGAAAGUUACUUAAUUAUAACUGGAUAUUUUGGUCAGCAUAGUUGCUCAUGUUAAGAUUUUCGUUUAUAUUGUUUGGGGAGGGUAAUUUGGAGUUUUCUUAAAACUCUGUCAAUAACUUGUAGUGACCCACUUUUGUGAAGAGAAUGCGAUUGGUAUAAUGGAAGCAAUUAUUAUUAUAACCAAUUGUCCUGGUGAUUGUUUUACUGUACUUGCUUGUUUAAGUGUACCAGGAAAGACAAUUCCGUUGUUUGUGACCUUACACGAACUCUCGUACGCUCAGCAGUCUCACCUGUG